AACUGCGAUGCCCCAGUCAAAGGACACUGAGCGGCGAGCAUCUUCUGUUCCAGCGAAAUCUGUAGGAUAGAAUGGACGUUGCGGAAGCAGCUUGUCUCGAAGGGAGAACCGGCGCCAUGCCUCCCCCCGUCCGGGACGGCACUCAGCAGCGGGCCCAGGAGGAGAAUGGGGCGGCUGACCGGCUCUCCGGAAAGAGCGACGCAUCUUUUGCCACCUCCGAGCCAAACCGGGUUCCAGUGCCGGCUGGCAAGCUGAAAAAAACGGCCUUUAAGCUUUUUGGCGGGAAGAGGAGCAUCUGCACCCUGCCGAGCUUCUUUGGAGGGAAAAACAAAGGCCCGGGGAAAGGUGCCUCGAAAAAGGGACUGAGCAAGAGUAAGACGCACGACGGCAUCAGUGACGUGGGCUACGAAGAUGCCAGUUCGGGGCUGCUCCGGAGUCCCCUGGAGAACAGGGUGGAUUUCCCUUCUUCCCAGCUGCCCACUUCGCAAAGUGCCCUCUUGGGCACCGAAGCCCAUCUCCGGGUCAGCUUGGUCUGGCCGCCGGCCUCUCUCUCCGGACAUUCGGAGGGCUUUGACAAGAAGCCGUCCAGUGGGGAAAAAUCCUUGUUUCCCUCGAGGCCAAAGAAAGGGUUAAGGGGGUUCUUCAACAGCAUCCGGCGCCACCGGAAAAGCAAAGCGCCCGAACCGGAGAGGACGGAGCUAGAAGAGUGGACGGCCAAGGGUUUGGCUGCCGAAGAGAGGGCUGUCGCGAGCGAGCGGGACAGCGCGGAGACGUUGCAGGCCUCCGAGAAGGGGGCUUGGAAAAGCCCGUCUCUUUUGCCAGAUGGCGGGGAGAAACCGGAGGGCAGCGCUCCCUUUGGGGUAGCAGGCAGCCCCGACGGGUCUCAGGACCCACUGGAGGGAAACGGAAGCCGCUUGUGUGGGGAGGCAGCAAACCCAGAAGGCUCUCCCGACGUGGAGGUGAGCCCAGACAGCGCCCUCUGUGACAGCUCUUCUUACGGCGACCUUCCCGACCCUCUUGAGCCUGGGGAUCUGGAGCGCAGCCCUCCCGGCAUGCCAUCCAACGACCAGCUGAGCCUGAUGUUUGGAGACGUCACCUCCCUCAAAAGCUUUGACUCCCUCACUGGCUGCGGAGACAUCAUCGCCGAACCAGAUAUGGAUAGCAUGACGGAAAAUUCGACCUCGGCGGAUCGGAGCAAAGAGGCCGUCAAGAGGAGCUCCUGCCUGGUGACGUACCAGGGCGGAGGGGAGGAGAUGGCCGUGCCGGACGAGAUAGAGGAGUACCUCCAGCAGGUGUGGGGAACGACUGCGAAAGAGGAGCCGGCUUACGAAGGGCAUGGGCCGGAGCGUGUGGCAAAAGGGGAGCUUCCGGGAGCGAACGGUGCAAAAGCAGAGACUCGGCUCUAUCACGAAGGUGCGAGGAGCGAGGCAGAUCUCUUGACGCCGCACAGCGAUCAGCAGGAAUCUGCUCCGAAUAGCGACGAGGGGUACUACGACUCGGCCACCCCGGGCCCCGAGGAUGAAGCUGGCGAUGGGCUGGAGGAAGUCAAGAAGGAGAGGCUACCAAGGGACAGCUACAGCGGCGAUGCUCUUUACGAAUUUUACGAACCCGAUGAUGCGCUGAUGAGCCCCUCUCGAGAGGAGCCGUGGUUCGAGAGGAAAGCAUGCCCUCCGGAGGUCUUUGGCUGGUUCUUCGAUUUUUCCCUCCCGGAUGAGAAGGACUUGGUUCAUUGGAUGGGCCAGAAGAGCGAAGGCACAGAGACUGAAGAGGAGAGGCUGAUGGCCAUCCAGAAACAGCUGCUCUGUUGGGAGAGGCAGAGGGCGCCCGCCUUGGAACAUCUGGAGAGCUUCAGCAAGGAUCAGCCUUUGAGAGAGAAGCCGCCGAGGGAAGGCAAAACCAGAGUGGCCAGCUUCAUUGGCCGAAAUCCCAAUGGCCUGGGCUGUGAGGAGGUGGCCCCUCAUGCAGAGAACAGCAGUCUAAAGUUGGGGAGACCGACCCCAAGUCAGGACUGGAAAGACCUCCAAGAGAUGCUCCAGCCAGGAGGUUGCCUGGCUCCUCCCUUCUCCGGGAACGGGUCUGUGCUGGAUGGCAAGGGCGAGCACGCCUUGCUUGAGUCAUGCGCCCUCCGUGGCUUGGCCCUAGAGAAAUCCGGGACUUACCCUUCCUACCGAACUCAUAGCAGCCGUGGGUCCCCAACGGGUGAGCAACCCAACCGGGCCGAGUCUGAUUUCGGAGAGCCCCGUCCGGGAAGCGGGUGCGAACUGGAACAGGCCGUCAACUUCUCCCAAGCUUUGGUGGAGUUCACCAGCAGCGGGACCCUUUUCUCCAGCCUCUCGGAAAGCCUCGGGAGCUCGGAUUCGGGCUCUGCAUUCACCCAGAACCUCCCGGCCCUCCCGACGAUGGUCACCUUCGACAUCGUGGACGUGGAACAGGACGGGGAAGGAGAGUGUGAGCAACACCUGGAGAUGAACACGGACGAUGACAUCGCGGCGUCCUUUGAGGUCUUCGAGGAGAGCUACCUCUCGAAAGAAUCCUUCGCCGAAUGUGACGAGAGAAUGUUUCCCGGAUACCCUCGGAGCUCGUUCCAAAGCUGCAACUGGAGCAUCGCCAGCCUUCCCCGGCGUCUCCACCUUCACGAGCUCGGCCUGCCCGGCCCGGAGGUGCUCUCCGUUGGCCGGAGAAGCCGGUCCCUCGAUACUGAAAGUUUGGAGUUUGAGCUGGCGAGUCUGCAGCUCUCCAGGAAUGGCUUCAAACCGUGUGAGUUCUGGUCUCCCCGGAGCGGGACCCCCAAGAAGGGUCCGAGUUCUCUUCGGUGGAAUGUCGGCCGGGCAAGCGCUCCCUGCUCUCCGGAAGAAAAGGAAGCCGACGGCGGUGCCCUUUCUUGGCCGGGACUACAGAAUGUACCCUACAAGAAGGAGCUUUCCUCCUUGCCAGCGGUGAAACCCUGGAGUGGUGAGCUCAGCGCGCCAGCCGUCCCGAGCACAUGGGCUGCCCUGGAGCAGCUGGAUGCAGAAGUACCGCUUCGGUCCCUGGCACCGAAUGCUGCCAAGGCGCCUCCCGGGAAAUCUCACGCUGACGGAGCCGGCAGUCCGGGAACGAAACCGAUGGCCCGGCCGUCCAGUCUGCCUCUGCAGACGCCCGUCCUGCCCCAAGAAGGACGUGCCCUCUGCAGAGCUGGUGGGGACAGCGAGGCUGAAAAGCGCCCUUGGGCUCUGCCUCUGGAAGAGAACGACGGCGACCUGCCUCCCGGCUUCGGUUUUGCUCAUUCCCCCGGCGAGCUGACGCGGUGUAAACCCGUGGGGGUGGACGCACGGCGUGUCUCGGCUGCGCCGCAGGCAGAGCUGAGUCCUUCCUAAAGGCAGAGCCGUGGGACGUCCGGCCCGGCUGGGGAUCUGCAGAUUUGGGACCGCUCCACCCUGUGCCGUCAUGAAUGUAACAAAAGCCAAAUAGCUUGGGGGGAGACAGUUCAAAGAAAGGUUCGGGUGAAGCUCGGAGAGGACGGCUAUCUGGACUAUAAGUCUACCAUUCCUCCAGGCUAGCGGGGGAGUCUGGGUCUUGUGGUCCAGAAAGGCCUCUUUCCUGAGCUCUCAAUGGGAUGGGAGUUCCAAGGGGAUACAAGGGACUGGAAAAACAUUGAAAGGGGCUAAGGCAUACUUUAGACCUUUUGGAGGUCCUUAAGUCUGUAGGGUCAUUAAAACUUGACAGAAAGUAACACAAACAAUUGUAAUAUAGAGCUGGGAGCUGCAGGUUUUUUCCGCUCUCUUGCUUCCAUGGCAGGACUUUACUUUGCUACUAAGAACGGUUACAGUGCUUCCCUUGAAUCAUCCUUCCGUAGAGCAGACCAUUGUUAAUCCUGAAAGUGGGAAGGGUCUCUGACUUUUUGGGCAUCCAUGGAAAACGUUCCUCCAAAUUUCCUGCCUGGCGUUCUCAUAAAAGCAGGUAUGAACGUAAUUUCCUAAAAACCAGUGAGGUUGCUAACUUCUUUUUAAAAAAAAGCAUUUGAGCAGAGAGGGUGGAUGUUAAAUCUGGCCACUUUAAAAACUGGAGUGAGUGGCUUGUGGCAAAAUAAGAAUAAGUGUGCAAGGUUUUAGCCCAGUCCUAGACCCGCUUCCUUGGAAGGGAAGACUGGAUCCAUCGUGGUUGCUCCCAAUUUUGGGGUUGUGUAAGAAUGUACCCAUCCUGCCUCUGGGUGUUAAUUGGGAAGGAAGGGCCGAACUUGUGCAGAAAGUUUCAAUACAUGCGCUUUAGGAAUGGCAGCUAGAGGUUUGCCUUAGUAUUGGGUGGCCUUUGGAGUCUCAAACAGCGGUGAAAAGAAAAUACGAGGUGUGUUGUGGGUCAGGAGGAGGGGUGGGGAGCGAGAAGGGGGUAACCAGGAAGGUUAGGCAGUGAGUAAGGGAGGGCAAAGUGGCUGGGGAGAAAAGUACUCGUCGAGGCCUUUAAUGCUCCCAUCUUGUACACCAGGAGUGGUCAAAAGUGUGGGCCUCCUUAAAAAAUAAAUAAUAUUUUUUUAAAGCAUGGACCUCCAGAUGGGUUUGGACCCCAUCUCCCAGAAUUCUUCACCAUUGGCUGUGCUGCCCCCAGAGGAUGGGAGUUGGAGUCCCACAACAUCUGGAGUGCUGUCUUCAGCCUAGCCCUGCUGCUGUGUCCCUGUAAACGGUAGGAAACCUCAGUGAACUCCAUGGGACUUAACCGUUGAACAGAGUGACAUGUGCAGAGUGACAUCGUUGGUGGUAGGUGCUAUGGAGAGGGGGGUGGCCCUAAUGGGUUGGGGGAUGGCAAGCAUCAGAAAGAGAUAUUUUGUCGUUGUGUAUCUUUAAAACAAAACCUAUUGCUAAGUAUCCAAUUGCAGUAGGACCUCCAUAUUUGCUGGUUCCAAGCCUCCACGGGGAUGCUGAAUACCGUGGAUAAUAGCAAACUCAUUCUCUAUAGAGGGAGAGCAUGGUCUCUUCCCCCCUCUAGUGGCCACCUCUGGCAACUACAUUGUGGAAAUAAGUGUUUCUGGGAUUUUUCUUCUAAUAUUUUCAGACCACGGAUAGGUGAAACCACUGAUACCAAUCCUGCCGGUUCAGGGGUCCUACUGUACUCGAUUUCCUUCCGAUGACUAAAUUUCAUUUGGUGGAAUGUUUAGAGCACCCAAUUUACCAGUGAGCUCCCUACGCAGCACUGAUAGCGGGAAUACUUAGAUGAGAAUGACACUUUGGGGUACUUUGGUUGUUAUUUAUUUGGUUGUUUACUGAACUCUUCACCAGCGUGGCAUUCUCAAAGUAUAGUGGAGCAUAACGUGCAGCAUUCCAACCAGCAUGGCCGCUGGCCGUUUUAAAGGAGGACGACGGGCAUUGUGGUUGCAACACAACUGAAACACGCCAAGCUGGGAAAAGCUGGUGUACUUCUCCUUGCUCUUAUGUUGUUUUGAAAAAAUCCGUGUCCUUGGAAUUUUGCAUGCAUACAUGUGCAAUUAACUGGACACCUUUAGCAUGUAUUUGGAAGAAAUGCUCCCUCAAGAGGUAAAAACAUCUGUUUGACACAGGGCAUGAGUUUUCUUCACCAAGGUAUCUUGCAUUUAGUGUUCUCUGUUUUUGUGAUUGGUCAUUGCAGGGUGAGCACAGGCUUUCAUUGACGCAAUCUGAUUGCUGAAGCACAUAAGCCUGAGGUUAUUUUCUUGUGGGAAGAAAAUAUACCCUUCCCUGUAACAUGUAGUUUGACCCUAGGCUUUGAACGAGAGAAAAGUCCAGUUUCAGCUUUAGAUCUAGGCCUGACUGCACCUGGGUGGCAUCAGACGUCACCCUGUUUUUCACAUGAAUCAGAACAGCUUUCGCCUGCCAUGUGGAGUCUGGGAUUUACAGUGCAUCAUAUCUGGAAGGAAGAUUCUGACCUAGAGCCAUACUUUUUGGAAACUAAUGAUUGUGCAUUAGCUUAAGAUUGGCUAGUCUUAAAUCCAGAAAUGGCCAAAAAAAACAACACUUUAAUAUGGGAUGUGGUUUGUAACAGCGUGGAUGCAACAUAUUACAAAUAAUGCAUUUACCUGUAACUAGUUACUUUUCUGGUUAACAUGGGAGUGGUGAAGUUACAUUUCAGAAAUAGUGUAACAGAUACACAUGGUUACUUUAUUGGUGCAAUGAGUAAAUGUUUUCUCAUUACUUUCAGAAAUUACUUUUAAAGUUUUUUUUCCCCUUAGCUUUCUAAUGGGAAGCUUUUUUUGCGUUUUGUGCUAUUUUCUGAUCAAUCCUCAGUUUUUGAUUUAAAGAAGCAAAUAGAAAAGCAACAAACUGCAUAAGCAGAAGUGUAGUAAGUUGCUUUCCAAUACGUUAAAAAACAAUGGGGGAGUGAUUACUUUCAAAAAGUAACUUCCCAAGCUCUCGAGUUGAAUAUGUAUUUGUUUGAAGCUGAGAAUGUACACAAAUUUGGGCAGAAACGAUUGUUGGAAUGUCUGGUGGAAACCAACCAAAUGUCUACAGUAGAUCCCCCGUAUCUACAAGGGAUUGGUUCCAAGCCCAGCACAGAUGCUGGAAAUGCGGAUUAUAGCGAAGGCUAUACAUCGUCUGGUCUCUGGCUCCCUCUAGUGGCCAAGCCUGGUAACUUCCUUUAGAAAUAUAUAUUUCUAGGAUUU